AUGGUUCACCUCACUCGACAACUACGUGAACGUAUCAUUGUCUGGCGCCAUGAGCAAAACAAGACACUCCGAGUGAUUUCUGAGCUUGCGGGAUGCAGUAUAAGCACAGUCUUCGAAGUUCUCCGACUCUACACGGAAUACGGCACAGUCAUCAACCCGAAUGCUAGACCUCGAGGCCGGCCGCGCACUCUCGACAUGCAGGAUAUGAACUUCGUGCGAUCAGUUAUUGAGGGAGAGCCUGCUAUCUACCUUGAUGAGCUACGAGAUCGAGUCUACGAGGACCGCGGUGUCAACAUGUCUUUGGCAUCAUUGUCUCGUGUAGUCCAUCGACUCUCACUCUCUCGAAAGAGAAUAUCCAAGGCGGCUCUGGAGAGGAAUGAGCUACUGCGUGCUACAUGGCAAGCUCAGUGGGGGGACUUGCCUAUGGAGUAUUUGGUUUGGAUAGAUGAGUCGAGCAUAGAUGAUCGAACAAAUCAGCGGUCCCGUGGCUGGGCGGAUAUUGGGCGAGCGUGCGUACGCCGU